AUGACUGCCACCACCUCCACAUCCUCCCACCGAUUCGCUUCGGAACCUCGUCCUCCGACCCUCACGCAGCGUCGCGAUGACCGUAUCCGCACGUUCAAUUCGUUCGACGACAUCACGGAAUCCGAGGAGGAAGACAUCCAGGUGAGUAAGGGAAUAAGAAAAGAACAAUAAUAACAACUGGGAGCGGGGGGCUGUUGUUUCCACUCGGCCGAAGGCUUUCUUCUCCCACAAAACGCUUCCUUUUGUUCCUGGAGAGCGGAGAGAAAUGAGGUGGAAUCGUGCUCCAAUCUAAUCCACUUGACUUCUUGUUCCGCUUUCCCUGAAUAUGCCCUCCAGUUUUUGUUGUCGACUUCAGAACGGACCAUAAAUCUGUCGGAGUGGUCAACAAGGAGAACUGUGUAGUCAUCAUUCAGAAAGCGAAGAAAAGAAAUGAAUCAUUAGUUCGAAUGUUCGACCGUUUUUCGACCAGAAAUCAGUUUGUGGGUCUUUUGUUUUUCUAGUCUGUUAAGUACCUCUUGAAGCAUUGGAAACAGACUCUGAUCAUCAUAACAAGCAUCCGUUCCCCGGUCACUUUCCACUUGCAAACAAAAAAUAGCGAUUCUAUGGGAUCAAAAAUGUCUCAAUUUCGGUUCCUCGUUUUUUAUUUGAGGGACAGAACCAAAAGAUUGUUUACCAACUGGCGGUUAUGGGGGCGACAGGAAUUUAUUAUCUCUUCGCAUGAAGUGACACUCUUUGCAACACGUCACUCCCUCUCAAAAGGCAAAGGACAUUAAUUACAGGAACCGACGAGCAGCAGCAGCAGCAGCAGCAGCUCGACGAGUUCGGAGAGAUCUCCGUACGCAGUCUACGACCAGGAGAAGAUCAGCGCCGCCAAAAUGCGCAGCUUCUCGCUCACCAACAAUCCGUUCCUGUCUCCGAAGACACUGAGGUAAGAGAAGGUUAUGAGGAACGGAUGAGCUUAGUGGCAGCUGUCGUCAGAGAGCGAACACGCGAAAAUAUUAUCAGAAACAGCCCAGACAUCUCAGCGUCUUGUGAUAUUUACGCCGGGCAAACCCCGCACAUAAUCUGAUCCGAUCUGCAACACAAUCUCCUUGAAAUCCCUUCCAAAUCUUCUCGAUUUCCAGACAAUUCUUCCCGUCGACUCCUCGUCUCACUCGAGGAUUCUCGGACCCCGUCUGCCGUCGCAAGUCCUCUCUUCCGACGAUCCUUUCGUGCCACUCGCCCGAUCAAUCCGACGACUUCUUAGGUCUUCCGCCAAUCCCGGAAGCCACGACUCCGGCCUCACCGUCCGCUUCUUCUUCCACAAUCAACCCGUUCCAGAGGAACGAUUCGACAUAA